AACAAACAAACAAACAAACACACUCACACACUUUGGUUUGGUUUUUGGUUUUGCUCUUUCUUUCUUCUCUCUCUUUUCCCCAUUAUAUAUAUACCUAAGAAUUGAGAUUGAGAUAGAAGAAGAAUAGAUCAAUUCAAAAUCCACAAUUUUUUUUUUCUUUCAUGUUUCCCUAACCCUAUUUUUCCAUUUUCACCGAUCAAUCUCUAACCCCUCUACUCCUUCUUCACAAAUCCUCCUUUUCCUUCAUAGCCCACAAUUUUUUUUCUGUGAAAGUUUUCGACUUUAUUGUUUUUGAAGAUGAGUGGUAGUGGGUUUAAGGCUUCAAUUCCAAACAGUGUGAAGAAAACGAUCCAGAAUAUCAAAGAGAUCACAGGGAAUCAUAGUGAUGAAGAUAUCUAUGCAAUGCUUAAAGAAUGUUCUAUGGAUCCCAAUGAAACCACUCAGAAGCUUCUCCUUCAGGACACAUUCCAUGAGGUCAAAAGAAAGAAAGACAGAAAAAAGGAGAUUCUCAACAACAGAGAACAUGUGGAACCACGUGGGAGACCUGGCACUCACGGACGGGGGCCUAGGGGUGGUCGGGGAAAUUUUUCACCUCACGAUACUACUGGAAGAAAAGCUUCUGUGACAGGGAAAGAUAGUGGAGCUCUUCUACCCUCUGAGAAAGUUGCGCCGCAUUUAUCAGCUUCUCAAGAGAUAGUAUAUAAAGGGAAAAGUUCUGGAACAAGCUCUGCACCCAUUAUUGCUAAUGGUCCCACAAACAUGGCUUCUGGAACUAUUAGUGGUGUGGGUCCUUCCCCUUCAUCUGCUGGAAACGGAGACAUAAUGGUUCAAUCUUCUGGCAAUAAUAAUAACAAUGAUGUGCAUAGUGCUUCACCUUCCGAUAAAUCAAAUCAAGUUGCAACAGAUGCUUCUGGAACUGGGCCGGCAUCGUCAUCGGCUGUUCACUUCUCUUCUUCUGAUCCAGUAUUGGUUCCAUCUGAUAAUUCAUGGUUUCCUGGUGCUGCUGGUGCAAUUAGGCGCGAAGUGGGAAGUCAGCACUCUCUUGGGGAAUCAAAUGCUGUUACUUCAGCCAAGAACAAAUUAACUGCGGCUUCUGAGACCGGCAGCUCUGCUGUGCAAGGAAAGAUUCAAGAUAAAUCCCAGGGAGUGGCAAAGAAUCAUGGCAACGAGAUACCCUCUCCAUCAACACCAGUAACUCAUGGAAGCCCUUCAGUUAGUCGCCCUUCUUCUAAUUAUAAUAACCGGUCGCAACAACAAGUUGGCUCUCAGAAAGUUGGUUCUAAUAAGGAAUGGAAACCGAAGCCAACCAAUACAUCUAAUCAGAAUUCUGGACCUGUUAUUGUAUCAGAAGCUCCUCCUGUUUCAGCUGAAGUGACUAGGCAGUUACAGUCCGUGUCAAGUGCCCUUGACACUGAAGAAGCAGCUUCAAAACUGCAGAAGAAGCUGGAGGAUUUUCAUAUUCCACAGCGUCAACAUGUUAUACUUCCAAAUCAUAUCAUAGUACCUGAUUCUGAGAAGAACAAGUUUUGCUUUGGAAGUUUGGGAGUCAAUUUUGGAGUUAAUACAACAAUCGAUGUUAGUGGCCCAGAUAGUGAAAAGAGCUCCACACCACUUUCUGAAACAUCUCAGGAUAUUGAAGAAACUGUGGAGGAGCAGCACUCGAGUCAAAAUGGUGUGGUUACGUCUGAGGUGGGAGACUAUCCUGACCACCCACAAUCACCCAGCAACGUACCUGUGAAUUUAGAAUCGAGUGAGGUUGAUGGGUCAUCCAGUGCUAUUCAGGAGUUUAAUGAGUCUAAGCAAGACACUGCUUUGCCGCCCGAAGGUCAUCAAUACCCGGGCAUGCAUGUUUCUCCAAACUACGGUUUUGGUUUUGUGCCCCCAAUGUCGGGUACUCAGCUCACAUCAUUUGACAAUUCUGAGUCUCAGACACGUGAUGUUUCUCGGCUUCCAAGCUUUAUUGUCCAACCACAAGUGGAUCCUAGUUAUUAUGCCCAAUUUUACCGGCCAGGUGCUGAUAGUGAUGGUCGUGUUUCUCCUUUUGCUUCUGCUGGGGCUACCACCAAGUACAACAGCAAUGUUGCGGUGCUGCCUACACCAAAUUCUCAAACUCCUCAAGAGGGAGGUAUUUUGUCCAACGCAGGUCAAACACCAAUUGCGACUCAAGCAGCAGGACUAAUGCAAAGCUCAAUACCUGUUACGCAGCAGCCCCUCCCUGUCUAUCGGCCGGGGGUUCAAUUAUCUCAUUACCCUCCAAACUACAUUCCUUAUGGUCACUAUUUUUCACCAUUUUAUGUCCAACCUCCAGCAAUGCACCAAUAUUUGGGUAAUGGUGCAUUUCCUCAACAACCUCAGGCCAGCACUGUAUAUCCACCUCCCCCAGCUGUGGCAGCCCCAGGAAUGAAAUAUCCUCUUCCACCAUUCAAACCUGGAACAAAUGCAGCAAACCCUGCACACCUUGUUAUGCCAAACACUUUUGGAAUAUAUGGUUCCUCUCCAGCUGGUUAUAAUCAUAACUCUGCAACAACUGCCGGGAAUUCAGCCUCUAACGAGGAUCUUGGUUCUUCUCAAUUCAAGGAAAAUAAUGUAUACAUCAGUGGACAGCAGAGCGAAGGUUCAGCAGUGUGGGUGGCUGCACCUGGCCGAGACAUGAAUAACUUGCCCACCAGUUCAUUCUACAACCUUCCACCUCAAGGUCAGCACAUGACUUUCGCCCCAACUCAGGCUGGCCACGGCCCUUUUACAAGCAUCUAUCACCCUGCACAAGCAGUGACAGCUGCAACAGUCCAUCCGCUGUUACAGCAAUCUCAGACAAUGGCAGGAGCAGUUGAUAUGGUAGGACAAGGUGGAAAUGUUUAUCAGCAACCUCAACAUGCACAGAUGAAUUGGCCAAGCAAUUACUAGGCUGCUUAUAUUAGAUAAUCGAGUCUUAUUUUUUGGGAAAUCCAAAAUAUAGUUGGAUUUCCAUGAUGAAAGAUGUGGCGAUUGGCUACGUUUUGAGUGUAAAAAGUUGGAAAAUUUGCCAUUAUAAUCUUCUGAUUGCUUGGGGAGGACACAUGUAACCGAUAUUGACAAUUGAAGUUAGACAAGGUAGAAACAUAUGCAGGCCUUUUCUUUUGUUUUUUUUAUUCCUGCUAUUUUGUGUUUUUUUUUUAGCAUUAAUACCUUUUCAUACCUUUUUUUUAGCAUCCAUUCCACAUUUCUCGUCAUGGCUUACAGGUUAAAACAUGGGAACACUUGUGAUGUUGACUCUAAUUGUCGAUCCCUGGAAUUUCAUUUGUUUCUUGGGUUUUUUUAUUCCAAAUGUUAGUUUCUGAGAAUGUUUGAUAUCAUGUUAUGAGAUUGAAUUCUUAGUUGGAAGUUACAUUUCAAUUUCAUCCUUUAGCCAUUGUUUUCAUUGUA